GCUAACUGGCAUAACUCUCGUCUUUCAGGUGCCAUUGCUGCCAUCGCCGAUCGAGUCCUCCGCAUCCGCACAGUGCUGCCGGGCAUCCCGAAGCCGCAGGGCGAUGGGCCGAUAGAGGCAGAACCGGAGCCGAAUCCCAGCACUGUGUCUGAGCUCCUGAACGGUGUGGGCGCGAAGAACUGGAAGGCCAUGGCUGUCGAUCCCACCUCCUUCAUGCGGCAGUCUGAGACGAUCGAGGCCACGACGCCCGAGAUCAGCGUCGCACGCACUUCGGUGGCCAGCUACUUCACGGAGGUCAAAAAGAGCUUGGACGUUCCAAGUGGCAAAGACCGCACUCUCUUCGAUUGGGACCAGCAUGGCUGGAUGAUGUGGGUUUCCAAAGAAGCAGGCUUGAAGAAGUUCGUGCAG